AUGAAAGCCGGAUACGUGCCGGCGUGGCUGCCCGCCGGGUUCAAGGCGGAUGAGGACCGUCCACGCUGCCGCCUAUCGCCCUUGGCCCAUGAAUGGUUACGCCGCAUUGAAGACCCCGUAUGCAAAUGCCGUUGCUGCGCCCUUACGGUCGAGGUCGCUGGCGCCAACGCGGAUGGUGCUGUGCCGCGCAGUGAGGGUGCCACGACCGCAAGCCAAUCCACAAAACCUCGUAUGCAUGACUGGGUCGACGUUUGCGGCAUCGGCACGACCGUUUCACCGCGGCACUCUGGGGGUGACGCUAAGCCUGCUGACGCCGUGCCGCCAAUAUCCCCUUCGAUGGUCAAUAGAUACGGCGUAUCAGGGCAGGUUGCGGCGGCGACUGUAGCGGACGGGUCCGGCGCAUCGUGCCCGAGUCCACCCGACGCCGUGGGCUUGUUGCCAGGGGAGGCCGACGCCUCGUACCACUGCGCGUUGCGGUGGUUGGGGCGCACGCUCGCGCAUCUGGAUGCUCUCGAGCGCCUGAGCUUCGGACAGGAGUUCCGGCGAAGGCAACUGCACCUCCUGCUGAGUAUGGAUGCCGACCAGGGCUGCGGCGGCGCCAAGGCUGUUGGUGAUGCUAGUGGCGGAAACGGCGGCCGUGAUCCGCAUGCGGCAGUCGCCACGCUUUUGCGGCAGUGGAUCGCCUUCGACGACAAUUUUCGCCGCGUGUACGCGGACGUUUGUCGUGCUUACAACCGCUUGGUGCGCAUGGAGGUCCAGCUGAACCUUCUGCGGACCAACUCACUGCUGAUGCUCGAGGAGGAUUCGUGUGCCCGCAGCACGCCACGCCAGGGCAUGGUUACUCACAGCGACUUCGCCGUGGAUUCCGAGCGUUACGGGAAGCUGGUGUCCAUCUGGUCGUCCAAGCUGGUCGCGCUGCGUGACCGCAACCUAUCUGAGUUCCGCCAUUACGUCGUGUCGGCGGUCGCGGAUCUGAGCACUCUACCGGUACCACGCGCCUUAGUCUUCGUCGAGGAAUGUGAAGCUGAGCGCAGCCUGGUGAUGUCGUCGGGCGAGGAGCCCGGUGAGCAGCAGCAGCGCACGUCCAAGGACUCCGCGCCCCUCAGGGCAGGCGCCACUUACGUCGGUGAAACGGAUGCUGUGAGCGGCUCCCAAGGUGCGACAAACAGGGGUUCGCCAUCCGGUGACCAGGCCGAACUCUCGCCGUUCGGUUCGUUCCGGACCACCUCAGUCGACGGUGUUCUCGAGUGCACGCUCGACGUGGCCGACGAAGACGCGGAAUGCUACGAGGACGAGUGCCCUGCGGAUUACACCGAGCUGUUCGCCGAAGCGGUCGACGUGGUGACCGACUACUGCCAGAGCCGCGGCAUCAGCGAGGAGAGCUCUUUGGACUACGUGAGCCGGGUAAGUGACCUGAGCAACCGUCUACUACCCCGAGUCGUGAGGGCCUCAGCCAGCACGCCCAUUCACAGCGACGAUUACCUGGACGCGACGGUGCACUGCUUACGUGAUCCGCCCGCCGUCGGUGAGACCCAGGGUGCCUCGGCGUCCAUCGACUCCUCUGCGGGCGCCGCAGUCCGUUUGGUUAAGCGCGACGCCGGCCGUGAUCGCUACCACCAGACGUCCACGGCUCGCGUCACAUCCGACGUUUCGUCUGUGAACUCGGUGCCGUCGCGCAGCGCCCGCAGCUCGUUCGGGGAUGGGUUGCCUGCGUGGGCUUCGAAGAACCGCUAUGUCGCAAUGCUGCUCCGCACCAACCUGACCGUUGUCGACGCUCUGAGGUGCCUUCCAACCGCGCCAGGCGGCCGUCGCAAGCUGGUUUGCUUCAGCAACGGCUCGUUGCGUGAUCUGUUUUUGAACCAGCCUGGCGCGACGGAGAGUGUGGAUCUGGGCUCGCUACUAGCGUCCCAUGCGGACGGCACUUUCAUGGGGGAUCCCGGCCUGAGGGAGGACGUCAAACCCACCGCGCAGCUUCGCAGCGGGCCUGAGGCGGUGCUGCGCGCGUUGCUUACGGAGGACCUGGCCAGUGACGAGAUUGACAAGAUUAUCCAUACCUGGUUCCCUACGCUGUCGUAUUCGCCAUCUAGGUCAGUUCCCGAGUGCGCGGCGGUAUUCAACUGGAGAUCCAUCCGUGACGUGUUGGCGCCUGCGGACGAUGAGGAGCCAGAUAAGCGGGGGGACGCCGACUAUCUGCACAGCGCGGUGUGGCGGCACCGGCUGUCAGCGUUCAACGCCCUGACCGGUCUCCACCUAUCACGCCUCCUCGCCGACCGCGCGUUGGUCGAGCCUCGCGUGAGGUACGACUCCGGUGGGUAUGCCGACAGCUGGGACUUUCUGCCGCUGCGCUCCACGUGCGACUUCCGCAACCACAUCCCGAUAAAAUACACGAUGCGGUCUUCCAGCGGCCAUGGUGGCAGCAGCUACGGUUGGGUGCAGUCGCUGUUUGGCGGCGACGGCGUAGCGGCGGCCGGUCCCGAUAGGGGCCCCCAUCCCAAGGUGAGCCCUCACUCUGGCGCUCCCGCUGAUGUGCUGCCAAUCGCAUGCGCCUCAACCCCGGUCAAUGCGGUGGUAAUACCGAUUCACUGCGGCCCCAUCGAGCUCAGCGAUGCUUACCGCACCAUGGGUGAGAUUUGCGACUGCCUCACCGAUUACGUGUUCCCGCCGCUCUACGAGCAGCACCGUUUCGCCUGCGUUGACGUUAAAUAUGGCGCCAGGGUGCGCAGUGCGAAACGCCACGGCAAAUGUGAUGCUUCGCCCCGCGGCGACGGGGGUGACGUGGACCGCGUUGGUGCGUGUUGCGAGCUGGGUGCAACCGGCUGCGUUGACAUGGGGGGCAAUAACUGUCAGGACGCCAGGUGCCGUGUGUGCCGGGUUGGUUGCCGGCAGGCGGGACCGGCACCUCUCAGCAAGAAGGAGCCCGCGGACAAGAGCAAGGCUAGUCACGGGCCCUGUUGCGGCGGCUCCGCUGAGAUCGACACAACCCGUUUGGGCAACGUGUUCGUCUCCCGCCACAGCAACCUGUGCUUGGGCAGUCAGUGGUCGAGUCACCUGGAUCGCGGGUCGGUAUCGCUGGUGUUCUACAUCGUGUGCUGCGAGGGCGCAGACGCCGCCUCCCAUCCGCUCCUGGACCCUGGAAGCCACGAGAGCAUCCUCCGACAGUCCGAACGCAUGCGCCCGGUGCUGUCAGGGCUGGACCGGAUCCUCAGCCUGUGCGCCCGGUGGAAGGUCGCCACGCUGUCGCUUCCGGCAGCGCUGAGUUGCUGUUUCCGCGCAGACGGCGGCUCGGGUGGCGCCGACUCCGGAGCCAGCGAAGCGUAUAUGCGCUGCUUGGCCACGGCGACCCACCUUACGGCGGGGAUGUGCCGCCGCGCAUACCCGGUGGCGGUCAACUUGGUGUUCCCCGAGGCCCUGCGCGCCUCAGGCGUUGAGAAGGCUGCAUCUACUAUAUUUUCUAGCCGCAUGGGAACGUUUUAG